CAGCAACACACUCACCCAUCCCCUUGCCAAGCAGCCGCUGCGUGCCUGGGUGUCGGCGUCCUCGUGGCAGCUCACGUUCACCUUCCCCGCAUCCCUCCGGGAUAACCAGGGCCCUUCCUGCUCCACCUGGCCACCUCCUCCCCAAAGCCCCGGCGGUUUGGCAGGGCUUCGGCGAGCGAGGGGCUCAGACAGAGGCACCGCCCCGCGGCACCAGACACACCACCUAGCACCCAGGUGCAUACCCCAAAAGCUGGGGGCCAAGGCAAAGGCAGGAGAAGGGAAAACAAAUUGCAAUGACGGACUGGAGAGCUGCUGAGCAGCUCUGUGUUUAUUUUCCCCCAGCAAUAAGCCUCGUGGGGGCUGUGCAGAAACGAAGCCCAAAUGCCCUCUAACAGCCUUGCAGAAGCGAGCAGAGGCACCGCACGGCCCACGGCCAGGCAGCAGUGGUCUAGGCUGUGUGUCCAGGUGAGGGCUGCACAAUCUGGAUGUGUAUCCAUGGAAUUAAAGCAUUGAAACCUCAGUGGCAGUGUCCCAGCCUGGAUUAAAUAUGCACCUGGGCCAGCAGCAGGAAAAAGCAGCGGGGCCAAGCAGCCACUGGCCCGCUCCCCCGGCCCCAGCAGGUGCUGAGAAUAAAAGAGAUGUCAACGACACCUUCAGACACCUCUCUGAAGAAAAAAAAAUAAAGAAAAAAUAAAGCAAAGCAAAUUCUCACCGCUCUUGCGAAAGAAGUAAAACGUUGUUUACAAAGAAUCCUUUAGUGUGAUCAGCUGGUGUGCUGCCCGCCUGCAGAUGGUUCAUUCGGCUUGCGGUCGGCACACAGCAAACCUCUGGCAGGCGGCAAAUUGCAGAGCGAACCUGGCCCCUCUGCAGCUUUUCUGGGCCUUUUUUUCUUUCUUUUUACCUCUGCGUUGGCUGUGCCACAAAAGCUGUGACAUGAGGCUCACGUAGACCUUAAAACCACAAUGUUCCUCUGUUGACACACGUUCAGCCUACUGAAAAUCCUGUUUUGAAGCCAGUUCUCGUCCCAUGGUGGGACAUGGCCGCCAAGGUGAUUUCCCAGCUCUUGCCCCCCUCUGGAUAACAACAAAACCCCAAAAGGUCACUUUUUAAGUGGCAACCUGCAAUUCUUAUCUCACGCAGCAAUGACUCAACACACCUCUUGGAUUUUUUUUUUCCUGGCAGCAAAAUGUCACUUCUCCCUGAUUCACUCAGCAGAAAACAUCUAAACAAUGAAUUAACAAAUCCAAAUAAAUCGGAGCUAUUUUCCCCCAAGAAUAGAGGGAAAUCAACUCUUGAGAUUCGAUUGUGAGGCUCACAACGUUUGCCGUUCCCCCUGAAGCCCUGCUGCCCUGGAAACGUGCCUGUUGGGGUUUGUGCUCAUCGCAGCCCCCGACACUGUGAUUUCUGGGCUUUGCCUGCCCUUGGGGGUGUGGGUUAAACUCCCCACAUCCACAGAUUAUUGUGGUCACCCCUAAAGCUCAACCCCAACCCCAAGCAGAACCCAGCUCCCCUUGCACGCCGCCGCCACACCCAUGCAGCAGCCACGCUGCGGAGCCCGCGGUGAGCAAUGCAUCGCAGGUCAUUUCCUAGCAAGCACAUGUAGCCUCCGAAAGAGAAACUGUGAGCUACUGCAUGAGUAAACACCACGCAGAACCGUUUUUUUUUUUUUCCAUUCAGCCCCAUGAGCGAUGAUUUUUAAACACGUGGAGAUGGCUGGGAAAGGGCUGCUGAGCCCCUCGGUUUUAUAUACCUCCCUGGGCACAAGGGUGCAGUGCUCAACAGCAAAACGAGAUUAUUUCUUAUUUUUUUUUUUGGUGUUGGUGCACCUCUACUGUGAGUGAAUUUCUGGACGGAGUGGCAAGCCAGGGGCACGGUCCCACAAAUACCCCACCGCGCUGCGGCCAGGAAAGCCACAUCCCCACGGGAACCUCUUUGCAGCUGCAGACCCCAGGGAUGGCUGCAGCCCUCAGAUUUCACCCCAUAGGCAAGAAAUAACCACGUAUGGAUCAAACUGCUCAGAGGAGGAGGAUUUUUGUCUGUAUCUGGGGGAGGGAUGUCAAAGCGGGCAGCAGCAGUAAGCUGUCACGGGGUGUUGAGGCUGUUUUGGGGGAUGGGGUGACCCUGAUGGGACGGGACAGAGCCGCAGCAGUGAGCUGCCGAGCUCUCCCACCGGGUGCAUCACAGGGCCACCCCCGUGCAUGCAUCCCUUCCUCCCGCCCCCUCCAGCACCACCAGAAAUAGCCAGGGGCCCUGGCGCCAGGCUCAAAAUACCUCCAGCGGGCUGACAACAGGGCGCUGAGCAGGGGACGGCCUCAGCCAUCCACCUCCCGGGCUCUCUGCUGCCUGUGCCCCCCGGCCAGAGGGCAUCAGAGAGGGGAGGCGAGGGCAGCCACAGCCCCGGGCCGGAUUCUGCUGCUGCUGCAAGCGCCGCCCCAGGCACCGCCGCCGCCAGCACCGCCCUGUUUCCUCCCCAGCCCCGGGCCAGCUUCUGCAGCACCCGAUGGCGGCCCAGGCUCCGGUCUGGGGCAACUCCAGCAGCGCCCCGUGCCCCGUCAACGCCGCCUUCGCCCAUCGCUUCUUGCCCGGCGUCUACCUGGUGGUGACCCCCCUGGGGCUGGUGGGGAACGCGCUGGGGCUGCGGCACCUGUGGGCCACCCCCCGUGGCCCCCUCAGCCUGCUGGUGGGCAACCUGGGCCUGGCUGACCUGCUGUACGUGGGCACGCUGCCCUUCCUCGUCGGCUACUACCUGCGGGGCAGGGCCUGGCCCUUCGGCAGGGCCUGGUGCCGGCUCACGCGGGGCCUCUUCCACCUCAACCUCUACGCCAGCAUCGGCUUCCUCACCUGCAUCAGCGUCCACCGCUACCUGGGCAUCGUGCACCCGCUGCGGGCCCGGGGUAGGUGCCAGGAUGUCUUCUCCUCCGCGUGGCUCAGUGCUGUGGUCUGGGGGUGGGUGGUGGCGCAGGUGGCCCCCGACCUCGCCUUCAGCAAGAUGGACUCCAGGGGGACGCAGUGCCACGACACCACAGGGCAUGAGGACCUGGACAGUUACUUGGUGUACACUGCAGCCAUCACUGCCACCGGGUUUGUUGUGCCGUUCCUCAUCAUCAUCGGCUGCUACUGCCACGUGGUGGUGGUGCUCUGCAGGAAUGACACCAUGGACCCCAGCCUCAGGAGAAGAAGCAUCAGACUGGUGGUUCUCGUGAUGGUCCUCUUCUCUGUCUGCUUCCUCCCCUACCACAUCUUCAGGAACCUCAACUUGCUGUCCCGGCGCUGGCAACAGCAAGGGUCCUGCACGCAGGCUUCAAGGGACAUCUACGUCUCCUACCAGGUGACCAGGGGCCUGGCCAGCUUCAACAGUGCCCUCAACCCCCUGCUCUACGUAAUGACCAGUAAGGACUGCAUGUCACGCAUGAGGACCAUCUACCGAAGGGCCAAGCAGUCCCUGGAAUCUGUCUUCACGAGGGAAACCUCUCGCCAAGUGCUUGAGACGAGGACGAGCAACAUCUCUGGUGAGCAGGAGGCUUCUGAUGAGCUCUGAGGCACCCAGCACAACUCCUUGCCCAAAAGAUGUGCUGCAUUGGCUUGUGCUUGGCUCCUGCUUGGUAUCAGCCCCUUGUCCCCACCACUGCACCUGACCAGCUCCAACCUGGUGCCAGGGAUGGACAGGACCACAGGCAUCAGACACCGAAGCGGGGUCAGGUUUUAGAGCAAAGCUACCAAACCCAGCCGCUUUGCCUACAACAUGCCAGGAACAAAAUAGGUGCUGCCUUUACCUCAUUCCUGAAAUAUUUCUCAGCCCUGCCUCCAAUGCAGCAGUCCGAGGGGUGUUCACAGCCCUUAGCUGCUCUUCGGGCUUCUCACCAAGUGAGAGAUGGGGACGAGCAAUGCUCACCCCGCAGCACCCUCAAGCUGCCAGACUCGUGGGGGGACGUGGGCUGGGGACGGGCUCCCUCCCUCACCCAAGGAGAGGGAGGUGGUAAUUGACUACCGGCACUGCAGGGCUGCUGAGAGGGGAAGUGCUUUGGAAAAGGAAAUAUUCAUAAAAAUAACUGGGUUUAAACGUAUGACUAAACCGUGCCAGCUGCUGGGCUAGCUGUUCUGGGUGAUUGAGCUGCUUCAGGAUCUGUUAUCCUCCGCUGCCCACCUUCUUCACGGACAAAAAAAAAAAAAAAAAGUAUUUCAGCAUUACUCAUUCUCUUCUGGAACACCAUAUAGGAGGCAACAACAAAUUGGCAUUUAAAAGUUUCCAAAGGUUGUUUUUUUUUUUUUUUUCCCUUAUUGUUCUUUGCAAGGCAAAUGACAGCAGCAGCCCGAACCCAGGGCUCGGCAGGCAGCUCCCCGGAGAGCGCCGAACCCCGCAGGUGGGCGGCUGCAGCUCGCUCUCCCAUCCAGCCCCACGAGGAUGUUUAAAAUUAGCUGUGUCUGCUGCAAAUUAGAUGCGCAAAUGCCAGCCGAAGAGAGGCUCGGAGACUUCUGAAGGUAAGGGUGGCUAGGGAGAGCAGGACAUGCACCAGUGCCUGCGGGUGGCUGUGGGGAUGAACUUAGGCUCCUGAGCAGUUCUCCCUUCUGCUCUCCGUGUUCCCCACCAUGAACAGCUGAAAUGUUCCAGUCCUUGUGAAAUGGAGACUGCAGACCUUCAGUCCCGCAAGGCGUUUUGCAGCAGCAGCUUUUUGCACCCCUGCUGAAGGAAGGGGGGCUGUGAGUUAGAAGCUGGGUGCUGGGAAAGCACCAGCCCAUGGGCGCUGCGCGUCGGAGCGAAGUCUUACCAGCCGGCAGCUGCUCACAGCCACACCUCGCCGCUCUGCGCAGGAAGCCGUGGCUGGCUUUCAGCAGAGUUAAUACGCCUAGUGUGCAAAUAAACACUUCGUGCUUUCA